GCGGUCACACUGGUUGGCGGUGCGUGCAAAAAGUGAAAAUAUGAAAGAAUUGGCAUAUGUUUAAAUAAUCAAUCGAGUUCUCAAGAUGAUUACAGUUAACCAGCACCUUGCGUAACUGUGCAUGUGUGUGUGCGUGUGAGAGUGGCGUCUAGUCGCUGUGCAAGUCGUUCGGGGCUAAGUUUAUACCGCUGUCUCGCGCCAUUCGCCGCUGAAAAGUUGCUCUUUUGGUAGAUUUUCUGUGUUAAUCUCGGAUUGUUGCAACGUAAUUGAGAUUCGGCGUUAUCUCGCCAGUACGUAUUCUAUACCACAUCAGUCAUCCCGCCGUUCCCGGGAGUGUGGGAUCAAAGUAAUCAUUGGGCAAGCACAGCAUCAAGCAGGCCCUAACACUAUCGCUGCUGCGCGCAUCUUUGCAACUCUUGGAAUUGAUAAAUGCAUAUGUAUAUGUACAUGUGUGUAUGUGCUGAACAGUUCAAUAAAUACAUAGACGUGUAUCAGAACUGAGCGCGUGAAUUGAUGAUUGAUUGACUGAUCGCUUGAUUGACUGACUGAAUAUAUACAAUGAUUGCUGGCCAGUGAACCGAAUCAACCAAAAAAGGAAUCAGCAUCAACCACAACUAUUUAGCAUUUGUUUUGUGUCGCAGAGAGAGGCGAAGGAAUAGGCGGCCGAGAAGAUGGCGCGUCACAUAAUGGCCGUUUGUGUGGUCUGCCUCCUCUGUGCCCAUCGCCUGCACUGUCAGGAUCAUGUGGAGAGCCUGCUAGCAGGCGCCACAGUGAAGCACAGCGAAGAGCAGCUAAAUGCGCGCGUCUACACCAGACUCUCCAGUCCCUCCAGUGAAACCACCGAUCAGAGACAGCAGCUAGCUAUCGACGAUACCCAAAAUUACAGCACAAGUCCGCCCUCGAGAAGAAACAAGCGGCAUGCGGAGGAGCAUGGCCAUGGUCACGGCCAUGGCCAUUCCGAGCCACAAGUCCCGCAGAUCACCAGAUACUUUCUAGACAAGCUGAUGGCCCAGCAGGAGGCGAUGGACAGCAGUGGCUUUAACAGCUUCCUGCAGCAGAUCAAUCUGCCCUCACUGGUCGCCAGCGAGGGAACCUGCGUUCCUGCUAGUCGUCUGGUGCAACAUGUCCAGCCCCACGAUCUCUCCCAUCAUAGUCACAGUCACAGCGAGGAGACGGAAGGACAGGAGCUUCAGCUAAAGAACUGCACCCUAAGCAACAAUGGCACCAACUCCAAUGUUGUGUGCGCGCCCCAGCUGACACAGAACAGCAGCAGCAAAAGCCCAGAGGCCAGCGCAAACUUUACACUCAGCGAACGAGAUGUGCUGCAUCUGUGUCCCGUGCUGCUGCACGAAUUGUGGACACAAUCUGGCGGCUGCAUAGAUCUGGAUGUGCUGGCGCAGAUUGAUAGCACGGAGAAGCUGCUGGUCGCAGAGAAGGAUAUGUUUUAUGUGUGGGUUUAUGCCUUCAUUUCGGUGUUUGCCUGCGGCAUCCUCGGCCUGGUCGGUGUGGCCAUUAUUCCCUUUAUGGGCUCCCGGUAUUACAAGCACAUAAUCCAGUAUCUGGUCUCGUUGGCCGUGGGCACAAUGACGGGCGAUGCCUUGCUUCAUUUACUGCCGCAUUCGCUGGCUGGACAGGAUGAGCGUGGCAUGAUCAUGAAGGGUUUGGGCUGCCUGGGCGGCAUCAUUUUCUUCUACAUAACAGAGCAUGCUCUGACCAUGAUCUCCGAGUGGCGCAAGAGCGUGGAGAAGAAGGAGACCAAGAAGCCAUCGCGUGCGAAGGUGAUGCGCGAUCCGGACUCAUCGGUGAACAACUCUGUGGCUGGGGAUAAGAUCUGCAAGCAAAAGUACAGCUCCUAUCCGUACUGCUACGAUGAGAUUACGAUGAACAACAAGCAGAGCGAGUGGAUGCAUCUGCCCGGCGAUGGAGUGGCUGCCGCUGCGGCAGGAGCAGGUGGCGAUGCGGCUUCCGCCUCUGAGCUACGCAAUGGACUCUCCGAUCACGAUGGUUCCAGCGAAAUGGCAGCUGCCGCAGAGUCGCUGCUCUCCACGCUGCACACGAACUGUGUGGAGAUGAACCACCACAAUCACAAGCAUAACAACCACCAGCAGCAUCCGCAUCAGGAGGUGCAGGAUAACAACACGAUUGUCACGGAUCUGGAUGGGAAUGCUGUGUAUGCCGCUUCGAACAGCAACAGCAAGGCGGUGGAUGGUGGCAAGGAUGGCAAGAACGAUCAUGUGACUGUUAUCCUGAGGGAGCACGAGUCGUCACAUCAUGGCCAUAGCCAUAGACAUGGGCAUGUCCAUUCGCCGCCCGAGACGCUGAGCGCCGUGGCCUGGAUGAUCAUCAUGGGCGAUGGGCUGCAUAACUUCACCGAUGGCAUGGCCAUUGGUGCGGCAUUUGCCGAGAACAUUGCCGGUGGCUUCUCCACCUCGCUGGCCGUCUUCUGUCACGAACUGCCGCACGAGCUGGGCGACUUUGCCAUAUUGAUGAAGGCGGGCAUGUCGGUGAAAUCGGCUGUGUACUACAAUCUGCUGACGGGUGUCCUCAGCUUCAUUGGCAUGAUCUUUGGCAUUGCGUUUGGCCAGUCGCAGGAUGUGGCCCAAUGGAUGUUUGCCGUUGCAGCGGGUCUGUUCAUAUACAUUGCCCUGGUCGAUAUGAUGCCUGAAAUAUCGGCCUCACACAAGUCGCUGGCCCAGUUUCUGCUGCAGAUACUGGGCAUGCUUAGUGGCGUGGGAAUUAUGCUGAUUAUUGCACUCUUCGAGGGUGAUCUGAUGAGCGUAUUUGGCACUGCGCCGCCCAGUGCUGCCCACCAUCAGCACGUGCACUAGACCUAGGCAUUAGGGAAGGAAACAACCAACUAACCAACCAAUCAACCACCAACUACCAAUCGCAGCGAAUCUUGUAGCGUAGCGUAUUAUAUGUGAAUUGCAGCGAAUCCCCUUUUUGUGUAUUAACUGCAUUUUUGCGAAUUUCCGUCAGGCCUAGGAUUUGUUUUUCCAAUUAUUAUUUGUUUAAUUUUUUUAAAAAGACUUUUUGUUAUACCCUGCACACACAACACACACCCAAACACACACACAUACAGCUAGAUCAAGAGGUUAUCAAUUAACAAGAAAAGAAAAGGCAUUUGUUAUUCAGUUUAUGAAACAAACACAAACAUAAGCAGGAAACAUGCAACAGCAGUUCAUUUUUGUUCCUAACUUUUGCUACAAAACUGCGUUUGAGAAUUGCAAGAGAAAACAUUUACAGAGAAUGGGAGCGAAUCCACUGAUUACUGAUCUUCUACACUAAAAACGGAAACAGAACCUAAAAACACUUACGAUACAUACAAUUGUAGGAUAUAUACACAUCUAUAUAUACAUAUAUACACGUACUAUAUACAUAUAUAGGUUUUCUUUUUGUAUUUUGUAGUCGUAGAGUGCGCACGAGACGUUUACUUUAUGCGAUUUAAACGGUUUAAACACACAUUCUAUGAAGCAAAAUGUCAGCUGUUACUUAAAGAUUUCGUAGCGUAUUAUAUCCACUCCGCCCCUGCCCCCAUUUAAGUUUAAUUUAUUAUCGUAUUUGUAAUACAUUUAAACAAAAACUAUUCUAAAAGCACGCUCAUACAUAAUUUUUGCGAAACUCUCUCCUGAACGAACUUUCUCGUUGAAUUUUGAUUCUUUUUGCGUAAAAUAAAAGAAGUCGAAAACAUAUAUUUAAUUUUGCUAUGAUUUUGUCUGUUUUUUUUUUUGGUAAUUUGCGCACACAACUAACACGAAACGAAAGUGAUUGUGAUUCAAAAUGAGUAACUAAAAAACAUUUGUAAAAUGGUGCGACUUUGAUGAGCGAAACAAACACCACACACACACACACCACAGCCACAUACACAUAUGUAUACAGAAACUAUCACUUUAAAGUUUAAACUGAGCAACUAACAAUAUUUUCACUAUGCUAAAGAGGCAGUAAAACCUAUAAAUAAACCUAGCUGUAAGCUCACUGAAGAACUACGACGAAGGAAAAUUAAAGGAUGCGGAUGCGGCGGACUAGAACUUUGAAGAAAUUGAUGUAAAAUUACUUUGGUGAUAUCAAGCAAAAGGCAAUUGAAACGACUAAACGAAAUAAGUUUACAAUAAUAUUAAU